GUAAUUUCCUUAAAAUCCUUUGGUCUCAAAAUCUUGCAACUGUAUGUGUGUCUACUAUCAGCCUUAAACCCUCCAAGAACCCAAAAGAAGAUGACUAGUUUCACUCCAAUCUUCACCAAUUGUUUAAUUGCUUCUCGAUUGUGGACCCCCAAUUGGCGAAAUGGGUUUGUUUCCCCUGUUACUUUAGUGCACACAUUAGCUUCAAGUCGUAGCCACCUGAUAAAGAACAAGAAACACUACAAAAGAUUGGUUUUUUCUUCUUGUAGCAGAGGCAUUAGUUGCCAAUCCACUGCUUUGUCUGAUAUCAAUUCAACUUCUCACACUGUUUCCUCAAAUGGCCACCUUAGAUAUGGACGCUUGAUGCCAUGCCCCUUGCAGAACGGCCCACCAAGGGUCGAGCAUCUUGUUGUCACAAAAGAAGGGCCAGUUCUAGAGUAUAUUAGUAAAGCUUUGGAUCUUCCUCCAUUAUAUGUGGAAGAUCUUAUACAGUUCGGGGCCGUGUAUUACGCAUUGGUAUGUCCUAAGCCACCUCCAACUGCCACUCCUGAGCAAAUUAAAGUGUAUGAAGAAGUUACAGAUCCAUCAAUUCUGAGAAAGAGAACUUCAAUCAAAGGAAAAACUGUACGUGAAGCUCAGAAAACUUUCCGUAUAACUCGUGCUGAUGAGAUUGUUGAGGCUGGAACCUAUUUGCGGGUGCAUGUACACCCAAAGCGCUUUCCAAGGUGCUAUGAUAUUGACUGGAAAUCUCGUAUUAUUGCUGUCACUGACGACUAUGUGGUUCUGGACAAACCUGCUGGUACAUCUGUAGGAGGAACUACAGAUAACAUUGAAGAAAGCUGUGCUACAUUUGCUACUCAAGCAUUAGGAUUUUCAGCUCCACUGCAGACUACCCAUCAGAUUGACAAUUGCACCGAAGGAUGUGUUGUGCUAGCUCGAAGCAAGGAGUACUGCUCAAUAUUUCAUGGAAAAAUCAGGGAGAAGAAGGUCAAAAAGCUUUACCUUGCUCUUGCUGCUGCUCCGGUGCCAAUCGGUAUACUUACACACUACAUGCGUCCCAUUAAUAUGGCCCCAAGACUUGUUUCUGAAGAGUUUGUGAAAGGAUGGUUAUUGUGCCAACUUGAGGUUUUAGAAUGCAAGAAGGUAUCCUGGCCUAGGCGUGAAAUUGAGAGCACAUACAACCUUGAGGACUGUGGAUGGGCUUCCAAAGACUUUGCAUAUGAGUGCCAAAUCAACCUUCUAACUGGUCGGACUCAUCAGAUUCGAGCACAGUUAGCGGCCUGUAGUGCUCCAGUGGUGGGUGACUCGAUGUAUAUGCCAGCUGCAAUUGCUGAAAUGGUCAGUCCUGGGAGUAACCCAUUUGGGAAGAACAAAAAACUAUAUACAAACGAAAAUGAUAAAUCACUUGCAAUAGAUGAGUGGAUAGCACAACAUGGGAAGGAACCUAGUGUUGCUGUAGGUCUUCAGGCAUGCCAGAUUUCGUGGGACGACGGUAAGCAUUGUUAUGGUGCCAGAUCACCCUGGUGGAGGUAGAUAAAGCUUCCGCUAAUGUUUAAGCCUGGCUUCAUCAGAAUAAUGUGGCAGGCCGGACAAAUUCUUCCUCAUAAGCAACUGCCUGUUCUGGGAUCAUAUUAUGAGCUGCAAGGAAAAGGCUCACUUACUGAAUUACCUUGUGUAGUUGUGGAAUAGUCUCGAACAAUGAAUAGGUGGGUAAAGUACCAGGAUGUUGAAGAGGAAUUUACACACACAUUUCGGUUAUUUGAACGUACACCCUACCUUACCCUAUUCUUGGAGUUGUUGAAGCAAUAGUCUGCAGAUAUGGUAAUCUUCCCUCGACGAAGAGUCAAACCCCCUCUGUAACGGCUAUCUUACUGUAGUAGUAGAGCAUGUCAUAAAUAUUUCAGGCUCAUGCUUUUUUUUAUACCUUAACUGGUAGUUCUCACUGAAUCUUCGGGCUUAGCCAAGCUGACAUUUUUUAUUGUGAGGUAUGUAUAUACGAUGUGCUUUCAUGCUUGGUCGAAUCAAUAUUUAGUGCGAGAUAGUAAUUAGAAGUUUAUGCUCUUAAUUCCUA